AUGUCAUUUACGUUCCAUCACAGCAUCGAGGUGGAUGCGACGCCUGCAAAAGCCUAUCAUGUCUUUGCUGAUCCUGCAAGCUUCGAGGAGAUUAUGGUCUCUUCCUCUGUCUUGACGCGGGACUGUACACUCACAUCUUCUCCGUCAAACGAGACGAAAGAAGUGACAUUUAGCACAACAUGCACACCAAGAGAGCUUGCUAGUAUGGCGCAACGUCUACUGGAAGCAGACGAAAGCUCCAAGUGGACAGCACAAUCUCUAGGUGCUCUUGUGGUCCAUGCAAUGCACUUCAAGCUCACUGAGGAAGUCGUCUAUCUGGGAUUCAAAAAAGUGAUUCCUGUCACUGGUACAAUGUUUGUUCCUCGAGAUGAGAGUGCACCGUUCUGUCAAUUCGAUCAUCGCAAAACAGACGAUGGGUUGGUGGAAACACGCAAGAUGCGCGUCAUCACACCCAGUACCACAGUUUCGACAUCAGUCGCUCGAGCAGAGAUUUGGGAAGAACUCAUAGGCACGACAUCAUGGUAUCUCAAGUAUUUUGUGGAGGCCGAAGCCCAGAAAUCACAUGCGAAUGUGGUCAAGUAUUACGAAACACACUUCAACAAUCUCAAGCAGGAUCAGGAGACAGAAGGUAAAGCAUAG